AUGCGGUAUAGAGAUCAUCUAGGAAGAUUUGCUAAACGACCUGAAUCAGAAACUUUAUUCAGAAAUCUUUUUGAUAUCUCUAGUGAAUCUGAAACCAUGGGUGAUCAAGUUAAUGAAGGUGAAAAUCCUCCAGUUAGAACAUUAAAUGAUUAUUUGCAUCCUAGCCGUACUGCAUCUCCUUCGUGCAUUGUUUUUCCAGCUAAUAUGCCCAACUACGAUUUUAAACCUGGCAUGAUUCAACUCCUUCCUAUUUUUCAUGGGAUGGAUAGUGAAGAUCCAUAUGUGCAUGUUACUGAAUUUGAAGAUGCUAAAUAUUUUCCAAAUCAUAAGACAAUUGCUUUGAAGAAAAGAAUCUCAAAUUUUGCUCAAAAAGAAAGUGAAACAUUGUAUCAAACAUGGGAACGAUUUAAAGAACUUUUGAGUCUUUGUCCACAUCAUGGUUUUGAGAAUUGGCGACUUGUUAGUCACUUUUAUGAUGGACUCCUUCCUCGAGAUAAGCAAUUUGUUGAGUCUAUGUGUAAUGGUGAAUUUAUGCAAAAAGAUCCUGAUGAGGCCUUAAAUUUUCUUGAUGAAAUUGCUGAAAAAUCUAAUCAAUGGACCACUCCUAGCCCAUUUGAAAGUACUGACCGCUUUAAGUCUGCUUCCUCUUCUGUUAGUAAAGGAAUUUUUCAAUUAAAAGAGGAAGGCGAUUUGAAAUUAAAAUACGAGAAUUUGGCCAAAGAGGAGAUGAAAGGAGCUUAUGAAGAACGAUGUGCAGUCAUAGGAAAUUAUCAAAUGGCAUAUUCUCCUUUUUCUGAGACCUACAAUCCAGCAACAAGAAAUCAUCCUAAUUUCCGUUGGAGGAAUAAUGAGUCCCACCCUCAGGUUAAAAUUAAUAUUCCAUUGUUAGAUGCAAUUAAACAUGUUCCUGCUUAUGCUACAUUUUUGAAAGAUAUGUGCACGUAUAAGAGAAAGCAUAAUGUCAAGAAAACUGCAUUUUUAGCUGCUCAUGUCAGUUCGGUGUUGCAAAACAAAAUGCCUCCAAAAUAUAAGGACCCAGGGAGUCCUACUCUUUCAUGCGUUAUUUGAGAACAUUUUAUUGAUUGUGCUCUACUUGAUUUAGGGGCCAGUGUCAAUUUACUGCCUUAUUCAGUUUACUUGCAGCUAGGUCGACCUUUCUUGGCUACAUGUGAUGCUAACAUUAGCUGCAGGAGUGGGGUGAUGAAACUUAAUUUUGGGAAUAUGACCAUGGAAGUUAACAUAUUUAAUGUGUUUAGGCAGCCAUAUGAAGAUGAGGAAUCUGAAGUUGUGAAUUUGAUUUCACCUCUUGCCCAUGAUCAAUUUGUGAAAAACAGCAUGCCUGAUUCUUUGGAGAAUUUUUUAGUGAAUUCUAAUAUUGAUGAAGAUGAAUUAAACCCUGAAGUUGCUGAAAUUCUUUCUUGUUUUGACUCUUUGCAGGUGCAAAACGUUAAAAAAUGGCCACCCACAUUUGAAACGUUGCCACCUCAAGUCCCGCCAAAGCCAUCUAAUGCGGAGGUGCCUGAAUUAGAGUUAAAACCUCUACCAGCAGGUCUAAAGCAUGCAUUCUUGGGACCUAAUGAUACUUUUCCUGUGGUAAUAUCUUCUGAAUUAAACUCUUCACAGGAAGAUGGAUACUCUGGUUAUUAUCAAAUUGGAAUUGCAAUUGAAGAUCAAGAGAAAACAACUUUUACAUGUCCUUUUGGUACUUUUGCUUUUUGUCGAAUGCCGUUUGGAUUAUGUAAUGCUCCUGCUACUUUUCAAAGAUGCAUGCUUAGUAUUUUUAGUGAUAUGGUGGAGAAAUUUCUUGAGGUUUUUAUGGAUGAUAUCUCUGUCUUUGGUGAUUCUUUUGAUGAUUGUUUGAGUAAUUUGGAAAAAGUUUUGGUUAGUGACCAUGCCGCUUUAAAGUAUCUUCUCACCAAGAAGGAUGCUAAGGCUCGAUUAGCAUCUGGUGCUCAUUUUUCUGUAAACAAAACUGCUGCAAAAAUUUUGCAAUGUGGAUUUUAUUGGCCUUCUCUUUUUAAGGAUACUAAUAUUUUUUGUUGGACCUGUGAACGUUGUCAAACAUUGGGGGCCAUAACUCGUAGAAAUAUGAUGCCUUUAAACCCCAUUUUAGUGAUUGAAAUAUUUGAUUGUUGGGGCAUUGAUUUUAUGGGUCCGUUCCCUGCAUCUUUUGGGUAUCUAUAUAUUUUGGUAGGAGUUGAUUAUGUUUCAAAAUGGGUCAAGGCUGUUCCUUGUCGACUUAAUGAUCAUAAAACAGUUUUACGGUUUCUAAAAGAAAAUAUUUUCUCAAGAUUUGGAACACCUCGAGCCAUUAUUAGUGAUGAGGGAAAGCAUUUUUGCAAUAAACCUUUUGAGGCUUUAAUGAAAAAAUAUGGUAUAACUCAUAAAGUCGCUACCCCCUAUCAUCCACAAACAAGUGGCCAAGUUGAACUUGCUAAUCGGGAAUUAAAACAAAUUUUGGAGAAAACAGUAAACCCAAAUCACAAAGAUUGGUCUCUCCGACUAACCGAUGCGCUUUGGGCAUAUCGUACUGCUUUUAAAACCCCGCUUGGUAUGUCUCCCUAUAGAUUAAUCUUUGGGAAAGCUUGUCACUUGCCUGUGGAAUUGGAACAUAAAACUUAUUGGGCUAUACGGAUGUUUAAUUUUAAUGUGGAUGAUGCCAGUUCACUUCGAAAGCUUCAAUUAAAUGAGUUGGCAGAAAUUCGAAAUGAUGCAUAUGAAAAUUCAAAAAUUUACAAGGAUCAAAUUAAAGUUUUUCAUGAUAAACAUAUUCUGAGAAAAACUUUUGAGCCUUCACAGAAAGUUCUUUUGUACAAUUCACGAUUGAAUCUAUUUCCUGGAAAGCUUCGUUCUCGAUGGACAGGUCCUUUUGUGGUGAAAAGAGUUUUUCCUUUUGGAGCUGUGGAGAUUGAGAACCCCAUAAAUGGUGAUGUUUUUAAAGUUAACGGUCAACGCCUUAAGCCAUUCUUGGAGACUAUUGUUUUGCAGGACGAGACCGUCCCUUUGGAGACUCCAGUUUAUGAGGAUUGA